AUCAAGAGCCGUUGCGGGCAACAUUCGCCCAAUUCCAUGUCGUUGGGGAAGCUGCGUCAACGUGCACCUGCUUGUCAAGGGAAGGAACCGCUCUUAUUACGAACAGAACCUCCAUUGUCAAACCUGCCUACCAUUGCGAUGAUUCAAAAGGCAACGACCGAGAUGGAGCGAAUCUUGUGCUUUACCGAUGUGCCUUGUGGCGGCGAAAUGGAAUUGAAGAUCUUGGAACGGGCAUUUUGCUUCUCGGACGAGAAAGAAGCCGAUCGCAGUCAAGUGCAAGAGUCAGUGCAAGUGGAAGAGCAAGCGAAAUCAGUCGAGGCGCAUGAUGAUAAGGAGGAGGAUAUGAAGGAGGAGAAGAAGGAGGAGGAGAUCAAGUCUGCAAAGGACUCUGAUACUGGCACGGCUGCAAGUCGGGACGAGGAAGAGGAUACCGCCGUCGGCAACAACACCAUUGAAGUUCCUAUACCAUUAGCAGAAGCAGAAGACGACGAACGCAUUAUUGCAGCAGCUGCAAACAGCAGCAAUCCCCCCGUGGAAGGAAAGCCCUCAAGAGCCUCUUGGUUUGGCAAGCGACAACGAACCAACAACAACAAGAAACGUGCCAUGAGAUCGAGACAAUCUCUCUGGCGACAUGCCCAAGAAUGUGACUACGAUUCUCAGGCUUUUGAAAUCGACGAGAGUACUCGUUCCAGUGGCAGGAGCAUGUUCAAAAAGGGUUUCUCGUUUCGAAAGUCAGAUAUCUCCAGAUCUACCGUGGCUGCCUCCUAGCUAGACUAAUAUGCCAAUUUAUUUCUUCUCUCAAGUUCCGAUUGAUGUGCGUGGCUCGUGAAUAUGAUUUGUGGCACAUAUAUAUAAUUCCUGUAUUUUUAUGAAAGUUCCAUCACAAAAA